AUGAUUAUUUUAUUACCAUUCUUGUUGGCAAAUGCAGGAUUUACCCCAUCCAGUCGUUACGGGCAUAUUGCAAAUAAUAUCGGCAACAAAAUUUAUUUUUUAGGAGGAGUAUUAGAUGAUGACACUAGUAUUUCAACUGAUUUUUUUACACUUGCACUUGAAAUAUCAAAUAUGAAUUCUUUAAACUUUGUGCAGCAAAACAUCAUUAAUUCUCCCAAGGUAGCUUUCGUAACUUCAGUGAUAAAUGAUAAGAAUUCAACAAUUUGCGUAUUUGGAAGCCCUGAUAACAAAACGUUGAAUGAUGGCUUUCUUUUUAAUAUAACGAGUAAAUCAUCAUUUUGGCAAGGUCCAUCAACAUUCAAUAAUCCAAAAGCAAGAACUAUGAAUGCUAUAGCCGAUUCAUUUGGAAAUAUUUUCAUUUUUGGUAGAUUUACUCAAACAACAAUUCCUUCUUCCCAAACAACGAUUCCUCCUUCACAACAAACAUCUAGUCAAGCUGCUCCUUCGUCACGCCCAGAAAUUCCUCCUUUACAACAAGGAUCUUUUUCUCCGCCAGGCUCAGACACUUAUCCGCCACCAGCACUUCCUCAAUGGGCAAAUGGUGGAUCAAAAUCACACCUUCAGAAACGUAUGGAUUCAUCCACUCAGCAACAGUUCCCUCAAACUCAUGUAAUGCUCAUUUAUAAUAUAAGUACGGACAAUUGGAGCUCCAUUGACGAUGACCAAUCUGAAUUACCGGCUUCUGAUUUUACUGCUACAUACAUACAAGAUUCCAAUUCCAUAAUAUACAUAGGCGGUAAAUUUAUAAAUGGAACAAUAAUACCAAUGAAUCAGAUCUGGACAUACAAUAUUUCGGAUGAGAGCUUGACACCAAAAUUAGCUACUAAUACAAAUAACAUAGUCGGUCGAUAUGGACAUUCAGCAUGUUUAGUGCAAAAUAAAAUUAUCAUUUACGGCGGAAAAUCAGAUGAACCUCUUGAUCCUAGCAAUGCUUUAGUAAUUCUGGAGAUAAAUGGUGACAAUUACAUUCUGACGAUUGCACCACAAGCUAAUGUACUUACCGCUAUUCCUUACUACCAUACGGCAACAAUUAUCGACGAUACUUAUAUGGUCGUAGCAUUCGGGAAAGAUGGCAAAAGUGAUAAAUUAACAUCGAAUACAAAUUUUAUUUCGAUCCUUAAGAUAGUCGGAGAUGAAUAUACAUGGAAAAUAUAUUCCCCAAAAAAAGGAGCAAAUAUUGGCGUUAUAGUAGGUGGUGUCAUAGGCGGAAUUUUAGCCGUUGUCCUUUUAGCAGGCCUUGCAUUUUUCUUUUAUCGCAAAAACGAUAGAAGACGCAGAAAAUCCGAAAGUUUCCAUGAAUUAAUAGCUUCAACGAGGCAAUUAUCGAUUCCACAAGCUCCAAGCUCUCGAUCACUCACAUCAAUUCCACAAAUGAAUCCAAUUCAACCGUUACAAGCUGAAAAAUCCGCUCCAGUUAUGUUGAUUCCUCCGUUAACGAACCUAAAUAUAUCAAAGUUAUCUUCGGUUGAAUCUCGCCAACCUCUUGAUUCGAGUAGUUCGGGUCCAUCUCUUUUAAGUAUACCGUUAAUUAGCACAUCGCCAUUUUAUAAACAUAAUGAAUAG